AAUAUGUGUCUAAUCAGUGUGUAUUGAACCCUACAAUUCCCAAAACAGCGGAGCUCUGUCAUUUCUCUGCAUGCAUGCGGUUUUGUUUUUGUUUAUUAUCUCAACUGUACGUGAUAUCAAGCUGAAUCGCAAAGGAUGGCCGUUUUUGGUCCAAAUAAGCCCCGAAAAAUCCCGGUCCCCAAGCGGCAUGGUGUGCGGGAUCCACUCAAAAAACUUGCCGAGCGAGAAGCUGCCAUUAAGGACAAAAUCAACAAUCCACCGAAGGAACGAGAUGUACAGGAAGUUUCCAACCGAUUCAAGCGGUUUGUUCAGUUGAAAGAGCAGACCCAGAACCAUGCGCUCAUCAAACGCCAGAAACAGCAACGAGAGCGGAAACGGGCCAGUCUCCAGGUGGGUAGCUCGGUUAUAAAGCAACUGCCAAAAGAGCCGGAACAAGCCUUCCUCGAACGAGUCAAUCGCGUCCAGCAAGAUCGUGUGGUUGAGGCCGAAAUGGCCACCAAGUAUAACGUCGAGAUUGAUCGAGACGAAUCCACUGGGGCCGUCAAGCUGAAGAAGAAAAAAUCCUACGAAAUUGACGAGUUGUUGAAGAGGAAAGCGGAAGAGGCCAACGGACACAGAAAGUUCAAGAAACCAAAAGAGGUAAAAAAGAAACCGACUUUGGCGGAAAAAAAGGCUCUUAAGAAGAAGAAAAUUGAAGAUAAAAAGCGGAAGGAAGAUGAAUUACUGUUGCAGGAAUAUCAGAUGGAUUCCGUUCAGUUUGGUGAGGUUGUGCAUGGUCCGCCAACACUAAACACCAAGCCUAGACACGCGGAAAAACUGGACGGGGCACCAAGGCCUGGAAAGAAGCGACUUUUACUGCACACACUCCUAGCUCCACAAAAUGAUGACGAAGACGAACAGAAAGAGCAACCCCAAACAAAAAAGUCCAAGAAAGUCUCACAGAACCCUACCAAAGUGGAUCUUAAAGGAAAACGAAGGAAACUCCCAGUGGCCACCAGAAUGAAGCUGGAGAAAGAACAACAAAACGUAAUUGAGAUUUACCGACAGAUGAAGAAAGCAAGCAAAUGAAAUAUAAUAGAAAGGCCAAAAUAAACUUCAUGAAAACAAAUCGUAUUUUGUUAUAUAUGUAUAAUGGUAUUUAUUUUUGCAUCAAACGUAGAAUUAACACUGCAUUUCUAAUUUUUGGAUGUGAAUGGAAUCUACUGCUGCGACUAAAAACAAAAAUCAUCUUAAACAAAAAAUCUCAGUUUAUCUGAAAAUUUAGCUUGUGCUGAAGAUUCCUACGUUCUGUUUUGAUUAGUCGUUCAAAUAUAUCUGCUCUUUGUUGUGUCUACUCUCAACAAAAAUGUAACCCCUAGCUUUUGAUUACGAAUUCAAUUGUUUAAUUCGUUAAAUAAUAAAACAAAAUUAACGUAACUUUCCAUCAAUAAAGGAAUUUA